AUGAGCAGAGAUGGAUAAGUGGCAUACCGUUACAAGUAUUAUUACCACAGACAUCACAAUAUAUCACCUAUGAGGGUUCUUUAACACAACCACAAUGUCAAGAAACUGUAACAUGGGUUAUUUUUAACAAACCAAUAUAUAUUACUGAACGUCAACUUCUUCUUCUGCGCAAUAUAAAUAAAGAGAGCGGAAAACAUUUACUGCUUUUUGGAAAUAUCCGUCCGUCACAACCUGUAAACAACCGAUUGGUGCGAACUAAUAUAAGCUACAAGCCUAGGACUAAAGCGUGUUCUAUGGCAAAAGAAGUAUUCUAUGAAGUAAAUACAAUAAAACCCAGGAAGGGAAGAUGAAACUAUUUGUGUUGGAAAAGAGCCGCCAUCUUAAAUGUGAUAUGUAGGAUACAGAUUCGCUUUUCGACUGAAAACCGGAUACUAGAAUUGGAAUAAAUUCUCGAACUGUUAGCGAGAAAUCAGUUGUUGACGGUUAUCUUGCUGAAAGUGGCCAAAGACGCUGAAUGCGAUGCUUCUGAAACUUGCCAGCAAUAAUGGAGGAGUUACCUCUCUUCAUGAAUAAAGUUUGAAUAACUUAAAGUAAACCUUAAAUAAAGCAUAAAGGUUGUCUGCGCCAUAAAAUUUUGUUAGCUUAAAUGGUUCUUGAUUAAAUGAAUACAAUUAAAUAUAUCAUCUGCCAAAAUCUUGGAAACCAUUUAACCCUAGACAUAAUGCAACAUGUUCGAUUAACUUUAUGAUGAUUUAUGUAAAUGAGAUUGCAUGUUAUGAAUACAUUGUAUAGCAUUAUAUUUAUAAAAACAGUUCAUAUUAGCUUAUAUAAAUAUAUUCAUACCUUUAAAGCAAUAGUGUUCAGUAUUAAGAUGAAUGUGUUUUUUACACUUUAGAAAUAUAUUAAAAUGUCUAUAUUAAUGUUUUCAUAUACAUUGUAGGACUAAUGUAGUCUUGAAAGGAAAU